AAGCGCGCCCGGCGCAAGCAUGGUUGCUACGCACCGGAAGUAGCCGGUUAUUUUGCUGGAUUUAGUUCUUCCGCGGGGCGGAAAAGGCGUGUCUGCGUGUGUCCAGACCAUUUCCAGUCCCCUUUCUUAGCAGGACCUCAUGAGUAAGCUGUGGCGACGCGGGAACAUCUCUGGGGCAAUGGAGGCCCCUGAGCCAGGGGAAGCGCUGGAGUUGAGUCUGGCAGGUGCCCACGGCCACGGAGUGCACAAGAAAAAGCACAAGAAGCACAAGAAGAAACACAAGAAGAAACACCACCAGGAAGAAGAGGCUGGACCCACGCAACCUUCUCCUGCCAAGCCGCAGCUCAAACUCAAAAUUAAACUGGGCGGGCAGGUCCUGGGCACCAAGAGUGUUCCUACCUUCACUGUGAUCCCUGAAGGGCCUCGCUCACCCUCUCCCCUUAUGGUUGUGGACAAUGAAGAGGAACCUAUGGAAGGAGUCCCCCUUGAGCAGUACCGUGCCUGGCUGGAUGAAGACAGUAAUUUGUCCCCCUCCCCACUUCGUGACCUGUCAGGGGACUUAGGGGGUCAGGAAGAAGAGGAGGAACAGAGGUGGCUGGAUGCCCUGGAGAAGGGGGAGCUGGAUGACAAUGGAGAUCUCAAGAAGGAGAUCAAUGAACGGCUGCUCACUGCACGACAGCGAGCUCUGCUCCAAAAGGCACAGAGUCAGCCUUCCCCGAUGCUGCCGCUGCCUGUGCCUGGAGAGUGCCCGGCCCCCGUCCUCACCGAGGAGAUGCUGCUGAAGCGUGAGGAGCGGGCCCGUAAGAGGCGACUGCAGGCGGCGCGGCGCGCGGAGGAGCACAAGAACCAGACUAUUGAGCGCCUCACCAAGACUGCUGCCCCCAGUGGGAGGGGAGGCCGCGGGGCUGCGCGAGGAGAGCGGCGGGGAGGGCGGGCUGCGGCCCCGUCCCCCAUGGUGCGCUACAGCAGUGGGGCCCAGGGUUCCACGCUUUCCUUCCCACCUGGCGUCCCCACCCCCACGCCAGUGGCUCAGCGGCCAACCCCAUCUGGCCCUCCUCCACGAUGCUCCGUCCCUGGCUGCCCGCAGCCGCGCCGCUACGCCUGCUCCCGCACCGGCCAGGCACUCUGCAGCCUUCAGUGCUACCGCAUCAACCUGCAGAUGCGGCUGGGGGGGCCCGAGGGCCCCGGAUCCCCCCUUUUGGCUACUUAAGGCCUUUAACCCAGACUGCGCCCUCUCCCCUGCCCAGAUUCAGUGUCUUCCCCACUUUAUUAAAUUUAAUCCAGUGC